UUAAAUGUUAAAUGUACAGAUGCUUACAUUUUGAAUUUUUAAGUAAUAUAGUAAUGAUGUAUUCUGUGAGAAUGACAAAUUGCAAAUAUUAUAAACGCCCAUAAGGUCACACUAAAACGCGCAAAAUUCCAUAAAUUGGCCAAAAUCAAACAAUGCUUUUCAAUUCGAAAACUACAAGAUGUCCAUGGCUAAAUAUCUAAACCGCUCGGUGGGAAAAGCUGGCAAGGAAGUGGCCUCGAGGAUCUGCACCCUGAAGCCCACAGAACCGGAGCACCAUGCCAUUCACCUGGUCGCCGGUGAGAACUUCGUGGGACGCAGUCGGGAAAGCGGAAUCAGGGACUCCAAGUGCUCAAAGCGGCAAAUCCAACUGCAAGUUGAUAUGAAGAAGGCUGUGGUGGUCCUCAAGGUCCUGGGGGUGAAUCCCUGCGGCGUCAAUGGUCUGAUGGUGAUGCAGGACUCGGAAUGUGAGCUUAAGCACGGAGAUCUGGUGGAGAUCGUCUACGGCAGGCAUCCUUUCGAGGUGGUUUUCAGUCCUCCACCAACGGAUGAUAAGCAGGAAGCCACUCCCUCGCCCAUAUCGUCAUCCAUUCCAGAGAAAUCCGAGAGAUGGGACUCGGCUGGCAGCGGCAAACUGGUAAUCUUCACCAGCGCCGGCGUGAGAGCCUCCGAAAAGAUAGCUGGCUACGAUAUGGAUGGCACCAUCAUUAAAACGAAAUCGGGACUGGUUUUCCCCAAAAACACCGACGACUGGCAGAUUAUAUUCCCCGAAGUCCCGGAGAAGCUGAAGAAUCUCCACAAGGAUGGCUUCAAGAUCUGUUUCUUUACCAACCAGGGAGGAAUUGCUCGCGGCAAAGUCAGCCUAGAUGAUUUUAAGGUCAAGGUCAAGCAAAUUGUGGCUAAGAUAGGAGUUCCCAUCCAAGUGUUCAUAGCCAUAGGCGAUGGAUUCUACCGGAAACCACUGACUGGAAUGUGGCAGCACCUGAAGAGCGAAAUGAACGAGGCCGUUGAGAUCCAGGAAGAUCGCUCUUUCUUCGUGGGCGAUGCAGCUGGACGACCGGAGACGGGCAAGGGAGUCACCAAGCAGCGCAAGGAUCAUUCGCUUGCAGACAGGCUCUUUGCCGCCAACAUUGGUCUGUCUUUCUACACGCCAGAGGUUCAUUUCCUGGGCAAACGAGUGGAGCAGUGGAACAAGCCGGACUUUGAUCCCACUAGCGUUCAGAAUGAAGUACCUCUCUUCGAUCCAGACGAUGUGACCUUCGAGGACCACCCCUGUGAAAUGAUAAUCAUGGUUGGCUUGCCGGGUUCGGGAAAGAGCCACUUUUGUGCCGCCUUCUUGAAAUCGCGUGGCUACAAGAUGGCCAAUGCAGACACCUUGGGGAGCACUCAAAGCUGCCUGACUGCCUGCAAACGUUUCCUGGACUCCGGACAAUCCUGUGUGGUGGACAACACGAAUGUGGAUGCGGCUUCUCGCAAAAAAUUCCUGCAGCUGGCCAGCGAAAUGAAGAUUCCCUGUCGCUGUCUUGUGAUGAAUGUGCCAGUGGCUCAAGUCAAGCACAACAUAGCCUUCCGGGAGUUAUCAGACUCUACGCACUCCAAGAUCAAGGACAUGGUCUUCAACAUGAUGAAGAAGAAAUACCAGGAGCCCUCUCUAGAUGAAGGAUUCAAAUCCAUUCACAAGGUGAACUUUAAGCCAGAGUUUGCCGACGAAAAGCAGGAGAAGCUAUACAAAAUGUACUUGCUGGAGAAGUGA